AGAGUCCUUGGUAUUUUCCCUUGUCUUUUCCACGAAACUUGAUAACUUCGACCAUCUUUAACUUCCUGUUUUUAUUUCGCAAUGGUAAUUUCGCUAGUGUGUAAUGUUUGGAAGACUGUACAGCAUGCAUUUGUGUAGAUCGGCCACUACUGCUUCAAGAACUACUUUGCUAAGAUGCCGUGGAUUUGUGGCUGAUUCUCGAAUUCUAAUUCAGACGUUCAAAUCCUUCAACUUCAUUCAGUGGCGAUUAUCUAGCUACUGAAGUGUAUUCCACCUAAAUACAUUGCAAGAUAUAUAUAAAGGUGAUGGAAGAGGAAUUCAUGAUGGUAAAUAUCGCUCCAAAAGAAGUCACCCCCAUGGUUAUUAAUGGGCAAGUCACAGCAGAUUAUUCCAGAUAUGAUAUAGUGAGCACUUUUCCAAACUUCAUGUCUGUCAACAACCUCCAGGUGAUAAGAAUGCCCACAACAGACCUGGAAUACAUACCUGAGGAAUUCUGUAAUAUGAAGUGCCUAAAGGAAUUGUCCCUUUUUGGUGAUGGCAUAAGACAGAGCGGGUUAACUUUCUUGCCUGAAAAGUUUGCAAACUUGAAAAGUUUACAAGUGCUGAAUCUAGAACAGAACCAGUUUGAGAAUUUUCCACUACAGAUUUGUGAACUCAUUAAUCUGGAGAAAUUGUACCUUAAUGCCUGUGGGCUGACAUUAGUGCCCCAAAGUAUUAUUAACUUGGUACACUUGUCAGAUAUUGACUUGAGCAGCAAUGAUCUCUCAUUAAAUGGUCUUCCCAACGAGUUUUUUCAGCUCCCGAAGUUGAAGCAGCUCUAUCUCAAUGAUUGUCAAUUGAAAACGCUUCCAAGUGACAUUGGACUUUUAAGAACACUUGAAGGAUUGCAGCUAAAUGAUAAUUUUCUGAAGACAUUUCCAGAUGAACUGUACUCACUAAGGCAUCUGAAAAAAAUUUCAGCUAAGAAUAAUUGCCUUAUCUGCCUGUCAAGUCGAAUAAUAGAAUUGCAAUCCCUUGAAAAGUUGCUAUUAAUGGAAAACAAUAUUACAGUGUUGCCUGCAGAAAUAGCCAAACUCCCGAAUUUACAGUUUGUAAAUGUAUUUGACAACAAGUUGACACGGCUUCCUGAGUCUUUAACAGACCUUGGGUCAACAACUCGCAUAGUAGUCAGAGGAAACAACCAUCUUCAAAUGCCUCCCUUGGAUGUAUGUAACAAGGGCAUGAACAGUAUCCGAGGUUUCUUUGAGUCUAUGAAGAAAUCUCGACCAGUACAUUCAAAGAGAAUGAAACUUGUACUACUUGGUGAAUCGGGGGCUGGUAAAACCAGCUGUGCCCAUGGCCUGGUGGAGUGUGAGGCGAUAAAUCAAACUCUCAAUGAUAGCACUGUUGGUGUAGUCAUAAGAAAUUGGCAGGUAGAGCCUGAUGGACUGGAGGUACAAGUUGUGGACUGUGCUGGACAACGGAGAUACCAGCUUACACAUCCCUUCUUUCUCUCAGAAGGAGCCCUUCACUUGCUUGUGAUAAACCUGCAUAGCUAUAAGAAAACUCCAGAAUCAUUUGAAAGAAAUGCUGGAGAUUGGAUCAAAUGGGUGACAUCGCGUCUUGAAAAGCCUCGCAUCAUGGUUGUUCUCACCCACCGUGAUGAAUGUAGAGAAGAUGAGAUCACAGACAAGUGCUCAGACAUCUUGAAAGGUAUCAAAAGUCUUGAAAGCCAUGAAGUAAGGCGUCUGAAAAUGGAAAUGGAAGCUAUCAAAAAAAAAGGGAAAGACAAAGAUGUAGACCGUAAGGUAGAGCAGCUGAAAUGGCAGAUCAAAAACAGGCCAAUAAUAUCCUCUGUCCUCUUGCACAAAAGUGAGAUCUGUUACAAGGAAAUUUCAGAUAAUAAAUCAGGCUGGCUUGGAAUGGUUGCAGUCAGUAACAUGCAUGAGCUGGAAGGAAUGAUGCAGUUGCGGCAAGAAAUUAUUCGAGCUUCCAAGGACAUGUCUCUUUUCCCUUCUGUUGGACGAGAUCUUCCAGAAUCGUGGGUCAAACUGGAAUUGGCUAUCAAGGAGUUCCGUUCCAGUGUUAAAGCACCUAAUGUCCCUUGUAUGACGGUGGGACAGUUCAACAAGUUUGCAUUAGACAAGAGUGGUCUAAGUGGCAUAGGACUUUUGUCAGCUCUUCAUUACUUUGAAAGUGUUGGAGAGCUGAAGUAUUAUAGUGGUAUGCCCCCUGCAGAGUUCUGUGUUUUCCUGGAUCUCCCAUGGCUUGGCAAGCUGGUUAAGCUGUUAUUUCGCCAUGACUAUGAAGAAAAUCUCAUGUUCAGUGACAGUUAUUUUAAGUUUGACAUGGAAAAAAUAAUGUUUGAUCACAGUGUCACUAAGCUGAAGAGAGAUGGUGUCUUGUCUCUUCAACUUCUCAGGGGUUUAACUUGGAUGAGGUUCCAAGGUCUCUUGAAUAAUCUUGUGUGUAUAUGGAAUGAAAUGAGCUUUGACAAUGACACAUUCAAUCAAAUGGUGAAUGCUUUUCUGCAUUUUGGAUUGGCAUGCCGUUUGCCAAGCCCAGUUGAUGAUGAGCCCUGUUUGUUUAUCCCAUGGUUUCUUCACUCUGGUUCUCGACCUCAGGACUGGAAGGAUUGUCCAGAUGAUGACGAGGUUGGUUAUUAGUAUUAGUUCUAAUGGGGCAAUAUGGUAUGAGUUAUGAAGUCUAGCAUCUCGGUGCAUUUGUGUGGCCUAGAAGAGUGAAGAUGUUUAAAGUGCCUUCUUCUAACAUUUGAAAUAAUUGUUGUUUUUAAGGAUGAGAUUCGGUUGCUGUUUGCUGUGUGUGGUCACCUACCUCAAGGGUUAUUUGACCGUCUCCGCAUUCGCUGCUUUUGUCAUAGCACUGAUGCUGAUAAUUGGGAAGAUGGCAUGCUAAUACAUGUGGGUGAUGGUCUGAAGAUCUUGGUGCAAAUGGCAGAUGGGCCAGGAAUUCUCAUCUGUGGCCGUGGCCCAAAGAACACUAUCAAAGACCUAUGGAAGGAACUUCUUCAAAUCAUAAGGGAAACAGAAGCCCUUCUCAGGGAGUGGUCUCGGCUAGUUUAUCACACCUACACAGUGUGUCCAGUCUGUAUCCGCAACAAAGUGCCAGAGCCUGGGCACUACCGAUGUGAUUGGCUGACAGGAACAAAGCUGUCUCGUCAUUGCAGCAAAUCUAGACGUGCUCAUAAGGCAGAUGUGACUUUUCUUGUGCCACCUGCAGAAGCGUAUGAAGAGAGAAUUACUCCUAUUGAUGAAAGUGUCCCAGAAGCUAUGCUUUCAUCACUGUCCGCUCAUCUCCCCUUGGAUUGGCGGCCUCUAGGAACCGAGCUACGCUUUUCGCAAGACCAACUGGACGUAAUAGACUCUAACCAUUCAGAUGUGAGAGAGAAGGCCAACCGUAUGCUGCAAGAUUGGCGAAGAAGGGAGGGGGCUUGCGCCAGGCGGAGUACACUUGUAGUAGGAUUGAGAGCUAUAGAGAGGGGAGACCUCAUCCCCCUAUUGCAACACUACGAAGACAAUCCAUAACACCAGCAUGAUGGUAGUAUGUAGCCUGAUUGUAGGUGCUUCAUGUUUAUCCUAGCCUGUGAGCAUCUGGUUUCAAAAUACCUAUACUCAUUUUUAUUUUCGACGUUGUACGUUUGAUAGGGAGGGAGAGGAUGUUUCGAAGAGGGAUGGGCUUUUUUAUGGUAUAAUGAUUUAAUGUGGCCCAAAAUAUGGGCUAUGAUUUUGCCUGACAAACAGGUUUGCGACAUGUAACCAGAAAUCUAAAAGUCAGUUUCUGAUGUCGCUAAGUUAGCUCUUGUAAAUAUGAGAGAUUUACAUCUAUUGGCAAAGUUAAGAUUAGAUUAUAAGACUUAAAUAAUUCUUAAGCUUAUAGUUUAAGGUUUUUUAAUUAAAUAUUAGAGUAAACGCUUGUGUAAACUUUAUAGUGUGCGUUUUCACUUUUAAAAACCAUACUACUUAAGUACAUAUUUUAUUUUCACCCCCUAUAGUUAGCUCCUGGCCAAAAAUAGUUGUAUAUAAUUAGCAGCGACCAUGGCAACACACACUAAAACAAGCAAGCAACUAACAAACAAAAUAACAACAAAAACAAUUGAAUUGUUUUUGAAGAGAAACUCUUUUGCUUUCUUAGGAAAGUCAUGACGUUAGGAUUUUACAUGUUGGUUCUUGUUUUUGGUUUAUAGCCUUAUCUAGCUUGAGCCAGAUUUGGUAAUAAAAUCGUGUACAGGGGA